AUGUUCGAUCAGGAUAAACCGAAACUUGAACGUGCCGUUACAGUGAGGACAGGUUGGAAGGGCAUACUCGAAGGUGGUGAUACGUUGAUCUGCGGCGGCCGGGUCGGUCAAGUCGAUAGCGCGGCGAAUUAAACAAUGUCCAAGGUGCCCCUUAAAAACGUCACUCAGUCUGUCCUACAGAACUUCUUCACUCCAACACCAAAAGCGGGCGCCUCGAAGAGAGUACUGACUUCGAACACCCCGACUCCAACAGAUGAGGCCAGCGCUUCUAAGGCUGCACGACUUGACUGUGGGGAUCAAACUGAAAAAGAAGACUGGGGUUUUCAACAGGUGCCGACAGCCCGUCCCCAUGUCGACCUGAAUUCGUGUAUUACGGAUCUUGAGUACGCUCAUGCUGUUGCUGGUUAA